GACAGACAGAGACAGAGAGUCGGACGUCCUGAGUGACGGAGGGGAAUCGAGCUCAGGACAAACCGCUGCACCGCACACUCCAAACAAGAAGUGUUGUCUUUGAGGGAAGAGAGAGGCUGAGUCACUGGAUCGUUUUCAGAGGGAAUAUCCUGCACCACAUCGUCUUUGUUUUCUUUCUCUCGCUCCUUCUCCCUCCUCUCACAUCUCGAUGCUGUGCUUUGGGACUUCUGCUCCAAAUCCAUCACAUUCAUCUCCUCAUCUUUGUCGUCUGAAACGCUUUGAGUUACACGUUUUUUCAAGAACUUUGCAACCCAACAAACUGGGACAGACGUUUGCACAAUUUCAGUUGGACUAAGCUGACUCAAAGUCCGGUCUUGGAAUGAAUUUACCGGAGCCCAGGUUGUCCAGAGAGACUGUUCUGUCUCUCGGGGGUCACUGGACGUCCAGAACCCCGAGUCCAACUUCUGAUUCUGAAAUGGGUUUUGAGCAGAACCUGUCCGAGGACUGCGGUUCACCCGAUGGCCUCGGAGCCGGGAGCGUGAGGAGAACAGAACCGAGGAUUUCUCUGAACCCCGGGUCGGGGGGACAGAGCCCGGCCCUGACCCAGGCAGGAGGUGUGUCGGUGGGCACGGCCGACGGGAAGGUCGUGGGGGGCGAGCAGAGGAUCCGCAGACCCAUGAAUGCCUUCAUGGUUUGGGCCAAAGAUGAGAGGAAGAGACUGGCGCUGCAGAACCCCGACCUUCACAAUGCUGUGCUCAGCAAGAUGCUCGGUCAGUCAUGGAAGAACCUGAGCGCCACAGACAAGCGUCCGUUUGUGGAGGAAGCAGAGCGGCUGCGUGUGCAGCACCUGCAGGAUCAUCCCAACUACAAGUACAGACCUCGUCGGAAGAAGACCACCAAAAAACUGAAGAGGGUCGAACCGGGCAUUCUGCUUCACAGCCUGGCCCAGGGUGGUGCACCAGGCCUGGGGUUGGGACCUGGUCUCAGCCCACUGGGUGUAGACAGUGUCUCUGGAGGUUCUGCAUAUGGACACCCUCCACCACACCACCACCCCCACCACCUGCUGCCCUCUCUGGGUCACUUCAGAGACCUGCAGGCCCCGGGACACCCAGAGCUGGAGAGCUACGGCCUGCCCACCCCAGAGAUGUCCCCUCUGGAUGUUCUGGAAGAUGGAGAGUCUGUGUUUUUCCCCCAACAUAUCCAAGAGGAGGGGGCGAUGGGAGGUUGGAGCGGGUACCACCACCACCACCACCUCCACCAUCAUAACCAGCAUUACAGUCCUCACUACAGCGGCCACCACAGCUCCGUGCACGGUGCGGCGCCGCAGGGCUCGGGGAUGAGCUGCGUCAGUUCUGCUGAGUCAAACCUGAGCUCCGGCAGGUUGAAUCCCUCUCAUGCUUCCUGUCACCACGUCACGUUACGCAGUCCUGCGAAGUGCCCCCCACCUCUGUCCCCUUCCCCCUCCCCUGCAUCCUACCCCCCGCCCUCCAUCAGCCUGUCUGAGCCAAUAAAAUGCCACCAAACCCCCCUGAGCACCGCCCCUGUCGGCUACUUCAGUCAAAUGUGUGGGAACUCAGCCCAGAGCGCCACCCACUUCCCCCCCUCUCACCUGGGGCAGCUGUCCCCUCCUCCUGAGACGUCCCCCUCCUCGUCCUCUGUCCCUCCAUCUACUUUUCUUUCACACGUUGACCCGUCCAACCCAGAGUCCACGGGACACCUGGGCUCCUCCUCUGCUGACUUCUGGUCUGAGGUGGACAGACAUGAAUUCGACCAGUACGUGAAUAUCGGGAGGAAUCGAGACGAGGCCUUCGGGCUUGGUGUUGGCUGUGGGGGCGGGUCCAAAGUCCUGGGUGGGCGCAGUAGCAUCGGCAGCAGCAUGAAUAGCAGCGGCAUCAUCAGCAGGGACGUCAGCAGCAUGUUGAGCGUGUGCGAUGACGGCAGCAGCCCCCUGAUCUCUGCUCUGUCUGAUGCCAGCAGUGCUGUUUACUACAGCGCCUGUAUCACUGGAUAAACCGUCCUCCUCCGUCACCACACCGCUGUUCAUCUGAGCCGCCGUCCUAUGACGAGGAGAACACGUGUGUCCACAACACUUUCAGCUCCUGUUGUCUCAUAGAGUCUCACUGGGAUUAUAAACCGUGGAUUUGUUCUAAACUAUUAAUUGUAAGUUAAUCAUUGUGCAAACUUGUACUGGAGCUCGAGCUGCGGCUCGUGUGGCUAAUCUGAGCCAUGACAGCUCCCGAAAGCCGAAGCAUCUCUCGCACCCCCUGGUGGCUCACUGCAGUAAAGAUCGUUAACCUCCUCCUCCAUGUUAGCAGAUGGGACAUGGAUCAAACUGAACAAUCAAAGCAGACGUUAAAUUAAUGUCUGUCAGAGAUGGUUCUGUCAUUUCAGCUCCUUCUCAUCUCACUGAUGUUCAAGUGUUUCUGAUCAGUUUGGUUGAAUUAGUUAUUGAUGAUAUAAAAACAGGAAAAGACUGAAUCAGGACCUAGAUUCUCAUAUCCAGGAUAUUUUGGCUUCAUUGUGGGAUAGUGGGAGGAGGUGGAGGAGCUGCUGUUGAUUUAAAUGAACAGUAGAAUAAAAGCAGGUUAACAUGAUGCAUUGUUUGUUCCGAGGAUGAAAUCGUUUUUUUUCUUUAGACACUAAGAUUUUUCUCAAAGACAAAAUACAAGGAAAUAAAGAAGUAGCUGAGCUGUGAUGAGUUUUUCAGUUGUGCUUCGUCUCUCCGUUAGCACAAUGCUAAUUAGUCUUGAUCAGUAGCUGGUUGCAUUCAGACUGUUCGUCCUGCUGCACAGUGUGGAGGAUUCAGAGGUGGAGGAUCUCCACUUGUCUCAGUGUUGUGAGCAGGAGCCGAAGCUCUGAGCUGCUUGUCUGCACUCUGGACCCUGAGGUGGCACCACAGGAACUAAAGGAAAGACCUUUAAAUGCCCCGCCCGAACCGAUCAUCAGAAAAAUCCACAUCUGUGAUGAAUGUGAAUGUUACAAUCAUCUCACGUUAUUUUUCAUCUCAGGAGCGAACGAAUAAUCAUCCCAACGUCAUCAAGUUCAAUUCAAGUCAAAUCAAAGGGACCAUAAAGCACAAUGAAGGACAAGCUCUGCAGAUGAACUGAGAAAAUAAAACCUCGGCCAUGGACCCAAACCAGACCACUGACGUCUCCCACAAACCAUCAGGAUGCUUUACAAGCCGGCUCGGGUUUGUUCUGACCGUGAUUCCCCGUCUAUCUCCGUCUGUGACAGGGCCUCACGUCAAAAUCUGAGCCAACAUCUUUACGUUUAACUCACUUUGCUCUUUGGAAACACGAUAUGUUUUCAUUCAUCCAAACACGAAGCCUCUCUGGUCUCACUUCAACAAAGUGCUGUUGGAACUCGUGCGGUAAACGAUGAUCAUUUAGCUUUGAGGUCGUUCUGCUCUUCAUUUCAUUUACAGGAGAAAAGAAACUGUUGGGUUUUGAUGAAGCAGUUUACUGUCUGGAUGUCGAUGCUGAGGGAGAAACUGAGACUAUGAAUUGUUCUCUUUGCACUGGGUUUAAUGUCUUAGCUGUAUAGAGGGAACUCCACUUAAUAAAAACCUAAAGUCCAUAUUGUUAAAUACUUUUUGUACAGAAAGAAAUGUGUUUGUUUUAAAGAAUCUUAUUUAUCUUAAGGAAUAAUUGAACAUUGAGGGAAUAUACUGUUUUCAUGCAGAGAUUGAGAUAAGAUCAAAUCACUCAUGUCUGUGAGUUCAGUGGGAAAUCUGUUGUAAAUAUCGUAGAUGUUAGGUUACCCCCAUGAUGGUGGCAGGUGGGUGAGUCUUUAUGCUAAGCUAAGCUUUCUGCCUCCAGCUCAGAUGUUCUCAUCUCACUCUGGACAAUAAAGUGAAAAAGUUACCAAAAAGGUUUUCUGUAGGAUGUGAUGGAGCCGUGAGUUUCUCUCGUGUGUAUUAUAGUUUCAACUUUGCUUUAAAUAACAAAUGAUUUCUGUUCCAUCUGUGACAUGAACAUGGAACUGGUCCACACAGUUAUUUCCCUUCAUUACUGGAAGUUAAAGUCAGGAUGUGUGGUUUGUGCAGAUAAACCAGUUGUGUCCAGGUCGCUGUGUGUUUAUGUAGCAUCUUUCCUGUAAUAGUUUUGUAUACAGUCAGUCUCUUCGAGGAUUUGUCCUGCAUCUGUUCUGCAUUAGUUUUACAGACAAUACUUUUUUUGUACAUGAAACAGUAGAAGAAAAUGGAGCGUUCUGCACAGUGAAGCCAGUUCUAUUUACCGCAUCGUUCCUUGUGGCUGAAAACAGAGGAACAUUAGAUUUUUCCAAACAUUUCCUCUGGAGGACCGAGCCGCAGGGUAGCAGCAGUUCAAGCUUGAAGCAUUAAAAAAUAUUUCUACAUCUGCAUUUGACAUUCUUCUCUGUUGACACCAAACAGUCUUGUUUCCAUUUUAAUUGACCGUGACACACAAAGAACAUCAGAGACAGGCGUUUCUGGAGCCGUGCAAUAACUCUGGGCUUUUGGUAAUAAUUAUCAGAAGGAAAAAAAUGAAACACCCAAGAUUUUGGGAUUAAAACAAAGAACAUUUUCUCAGCAGUCGUAUAACGACAAAUUAAAACCAGGAGUUUCCCAGAAGUGUCACUGGGAUUCUUCUAAACAUGUCUGACAGGGACCAUUUUUAUAUUUCCUCUAUAAGUGUAGAAAAUGGUUUUGUUUUUGUUUGUAUUUGAAAAGUGUGGGUUGGUUGUAAAUGGAUGUGUUUUGUUUCAUAAAGUA